AUGCCCCUCCUCCUCCUCUUCCUCCUCCUCUCCCUCCUCCCCAUCUCCCUCUCGCAACCUAAAGGUACUUUGAUCAACUGCGGCGCCGAAGUCGAAUCCGAAAUCGACGGCCGCCAAUGGCUCCCGGACUCCUCCUUCCUCUCCGGCGCCGGCACCUCCAAAACCCUCAACAAUUCCGGCCUGGUCCCCAUUCUCUCCACUCUCCGGUCUUUCCCGAACGUUCCGGGCCGGAAGUACUGCUACAAUGUCCAGGUCUACCGCAACGCCAAGUACAUGAUCCGGACGACUUACUACUACGGCGGAAUCAACGGCCAGACCUCGCCGCCGGUUUUCGACCAGAUCAUCGACGGCACGUUGUGGGCCGUCGUUAAUACUACAGAGGACUACGUCAACGACAUGUCUUCUUAUUACGAGGGGGUGUUCCUCGCGCAGAGUAAGACCAUGAGUGUUUGCGUCGGGGCGAAUACGUAUACGGAUUCCGACCCGUUUAUAUCGGCCUUGGAGUUUGUGAUUGUUGGAGACUCGUUGUAUAACUCUACGGAUUUCAAGGUCAAUGGACUCAGCUUGGUUGCCAGGCACGGAUUUGGGUACAAUGGACCCAUGAUCAGAUACCCUGAUGAUCAGUUUGAUCGAUUUUGGGAGCCAUUUGGAGAAACUAAGCUUAAUGACUCGAGCAAUGCAAAUGUGUCUGUUUCGGGUUUGUGGAACUUGCCUCCUUUGAAGAUUUUCGAAAGUGAGCUGACGACUAACCAGUUACAUGCGAUUGUGUUGAGUUGGCCUCCGAAGCAGGUUCAGGAUGCAAACUACUACAUUGCACUGUACUUUGCGGAUUCAAGGGAUAGAGUUUUCGAUGUAACGAUAAAUGGUGUGCUGUAUUACAAGGAUUUGAAUGUGACAGAAGCGGGGCUUGUUGUCUAUUCCACCAAGUGGCCUCUUGCUGGUAGUACAGAUAUUACUUUGACACCUUCUGCCGGGUCAGUACUUGGUCCUUCAAUUAGUGCUGGCGAGGCUUUUCAGGUGUUGCCCCUCAGAGCUAGAACUCUUACUCGAGAUGUUAUUGCUUUGCAAAAAGUAAAAGAGAGUCUUGAGAACCCUCCCCCUAACUGGAAUGGUGAUCCAUGUCUUCCCCGUCAAUACACGUGGACAGGCAUUACCUGCUCUGGAGUUCGUGUGGUAUCUUUAAAUCUAACAAGUAUGGGCCUUUCUGGUUCCUUAUCACCAAAUAUUGCCAAUAUGACUGCAUUGUCUGACAUCUGGCUUGGGAAUAACAACUUGUCAGGACCUAUUCCUGAUCUCAGUCAAUUGAAGAUACUGGAAACACUGCACUUGGAAGACAAUCAAUUCAGUGGAGCUAUCCCCUCAUCGCUUGGUAACAUUGAGAGCUUGCGUGAACUCUUUUUACAAAACAAUAAUCUGACUGGUCAAGUUCCUAACAGCCUUACUGGAAAACCUGGAUUGGAUCUAAGGUUUUCUCCAGGAAAUUCUUUGUCAGCACCCCCACCUUCUUGAACAGCUAGUAUCUUGCCUGCAUUUUUUCGGGGAACUUGAGCCAAACCUUCAACCAUAAUUAUGCGUAAAGAGGUUGCAAAAGUUUAAGUUGGAAAUUGACCCUUGUAAGCUCCUUAAUCCUAGAGUCCAGUUCUCGCGCUUGCUGUUUAGUUUUAUUUUUUUAGUUUUCAUAGGAAGUGAGGUCUUAAAUGAAAUGUGAGACCUACAGUUUUAUCAUCGAUUGUUCAUGUACACAGAACACAGUCAGUGACUCACUUAUAUUCAUUGAUUUGUUGGCAUAGGUGGUUGAUGCUCUUAGUUUUCUAUUAGUUUUCUUGUCCAUAUUAAAUUUUGUUAUACACAAAUUUAUUUUAAAUGUACACUAUGAAUUCUUGUUUGUUAUAAUUCUUUUCUGUG